UUGUAUUAACUAUUAAAAUACUUUUUUCUCAUUAAAAAAAUCAGUGAAAGAUUAAUAUCUUCGUAUUACAGUAUCCUUCGUCAAAGUCCGAGUUUUGAACAAAAUUUUGAAGAUUUAUUUUCUGUUACCUGUUGACAUUCAAAGUCUGGAUUUGGAUUUGCUACAUUCAUUUUCGGAUGGGUUCAUCAGACUCGUAAUGGACAUGCCGUCCACAGGCGGAGACUGAUUGGUUUUCCAGCUUCCGUGUUUUGGGUUUUUGAAUCUUCCCUUUUAUUCACGUAAACGAUGGCCCAGGAACCGGUAUCCAGCAUGGAGGAUCAGCUUAUCGAGGAGCGCGAAAUUCUUCGCAGACAAAUUGAUCAACUCCAAGUGGAGAAACGCAAUGCGGUGGAUCGGAUCCGUAGCGAAUACGAAAAACAGGUGCAGGAUGCCAAUGCUACCGUCCGGGAACUUCGGAAACAGCUGGAAAAUGAGCAACGCUCGAGCCAGAAACUCAUCCAGCAACAGCAGGAACAAACACAGCAGAAUAUCCAGCUUAAGGAUGCCUUGACUGCUAAAGAAAGACAGAUUAGCCAAGUAUCUAUGGAAAAACAGAAAGUGGUGUCGUUAUUGGAGACGUCGCAGACCGAAAUAGCGGCAAUUAGAGCGAAAUCAUCGCAGCAGGCCAUUGGCUUGCAGGACUUGAACAGUGAGAUUGGAAUGCUCAAAAUGCAGAUUCUGGACGCAAGAUUGGAAGUCGAUUUAGCGAAAAUCGGGGAGAAAAAUUAUCGAGCAGAAUGCGAACAACAUCGAGCUACCGUGGAACGACUUCAUCGUGAUCUAUUGGAGAAGGAUAAAGAUAUCAAUCAAUCCCGUAUGGAAGCCACGCAGCAGGUCAAAGCACAACUGCAGAAAGUCAGCGCUCUCGAAGAAAAUGUUUGGAUUGAGAAGCAGAAACAUAGUCGGUAUGAAGAGACCAUACGUUCCGUCAAGCAAACUGUGGAAGAGCAGAAGAUCAAAAUUGAGGAGAUGAAGAAAGCAGAAGCGAAACGAGAGGAAGAGGUCGAGGCUGCCGCUUCAUCAUAUCGUGUGAACGUUGCCAAACUGAAGGAUCAGAUGGAGAUCUACAACCGACGAAUCGAGUUGCUAGAAUCCGAGGCCAAAAUCAACGAAAAAACUAUUGAAGAUUUCCAGUCCACGUCGGAAACCGGGCUUCGCAAAGCGCAAGAAGAAAUUACCCGGUUAAACGGUGAGCUGGAACAGCAGAAACAGUCCAUGUUGGAUUCUGAAGCGGAAUUGCUGAGUGCUAGAGAGCUAACGGCAUAUUUACGACACGAUCGUUCACGGGUGUUUUCGCCGGAAUUACUGGAUCUCGUUCGCAACGAAAACUUCUCGGUUGUACGUUUGUACUACGAAUACCAACGGGCUGUGAAUAAAUUGACGGAAGUGGAGGCUGAUCGGGAACGAUUACAGGAAGAUCUUGAAGUGAAUCAACAGACCUACCAAGCAGCCACCGAAAUUGAGGAACGUUACCAGGAAGAAAAGACAGAACUGGAUGCGACAAUAGCGAAUCUCCGAUCAAGUCUGACCCGUUCGGAAAAUGAAACUCGACAGUUAGCGAAUACUAACCGUACUCUGAAUCAGCAUCUCUACAAAUUUGAGCGCGUAAAUCGUACGCUUGAGGGACGUAUACAGAUGUUGGAAAAAUUUAUUGAACCCUCUGGUUUUGACGAAUUGCAUGGCGAUGCUUCUAUAAACGGAAGAAAUCCUGCCAAACUGAUUGAAGUUAACACCUCGCUGAUGAAUAUCAAUGAAGAACUAAAUGAAGAAAUCCAGAGUCUGAAAGACGAGCGAGAACAGUGGAUGAGUCAACGCGAUCAGUUUAUGGAAAAUAAGGAAAAGAUUGAUUCCAUGUUGAACGAUAAAGAACAGAUCGAUUCCCGGAUCCGCAAGUUGGCCGAGGAAGUUAGUCAGUAUCGUCGAGCCAGUGAGAAUCCGUUGUUCAAAGAUUUCCUCCGUUCUUUAUCGGAAAACGACGAACUUCAGAAAGCUGUGAUUGGAAUGAGUGGUGAUGAGCGGAUACAGUAUGCGUUCAUUCGGGCUAACGGCGGAGGCGAAGCACUGGACCGCAUUUCCCGUCUGGAAAAUGAUCUCAGCGCGACGAAGCAACAGUUUAACAGUGUGAAGAACGAAAAUGCUGAACUGAAACGCGAAACAGAAAGUCGAAAGGCUAAAUUCGAUCGGGACUUUAUGACGGUUCAGAGCGAGAGAGAUAAAGCCCUGAGUGAAGUGGAAGCCGUCCGCAAUGGAAUGGAAUUGGUGAAACAGGAAAAUGCUGCUAAGAAUGCUGAAGUGGCCCGACAGAUCAGCAAGGUUAACGAAUUGUUUGAGAAGCUGUGUGAACGAGAGAAAGAUAUGACACUGCUCCAGAAUGCUCUUGAGCAAGAAAAGGAGAAAAAUGCGCGUACUGCCGCUGAAUUGAGUAUGACAACUACGGAUAUUGCAUCUCGAAAGAACGCAAUCACGGUACUGGAACAGCAGCAGGCUAUUCUGCAGCGCUCAAUCGAAGAAAAGUCAUUAGCGCUACAAUCUUCACAGCAAAAGACGGCGGAACUGACUCUGGAGCUUCGUCAGCUGCGAGCUGAAUUGUCUUUGCACCAGUCCAAUGCGGUUGCUCCAGAAGAACUGGCUGCGGAAAAACAGCGCCAUGAAGCCACUAUUCGGCAUCUGCAGGAAAUCAGUAAGCGUUUGGAUGAAGCCCUGCGUUCUCCGCGUGCGGAAGCGCCGGAUCACCAAGCGCCCAGCACCUCACAUUCCCGUUCAUCCCCGGGGCCGGGUUCUUCCGACUUCGCCAUGAAUAUCAUUCGCCAGUCGUCCUUGCAGCAAGAGCAACUGCAGCAGCAGAUACGAGACUUACAGAGCCAGCUAGCCAAAUCCAGGGAUGAAGUUGCCGCGAAGACCGCUGAACUGGAAAAAAUUCAACAUGAAAGCGCGAAGAAGGCGCAGGAAAGCAGUGGAGCAGCAAAUUCCAUGUUGAACAGUAUUGGAAAAAUUAAGGAAGAGCGUGAUGCGCUGAAGAAACAGGUGGAUGAUUUGCGGAUUGAAAAUGCCAAACUGACGGCUGAAAGCCAUCGGUUAGAGGAACUGGAGAAACGACUGCGAGAACAGAUCCAAGAAUUAAAUGGUCGUUGCGCGGAUGAACUAAAGGCGCAUCAGACGUCUCAAACGGCGAUGGCGGAACUGCGAAAAGAAAUUGAUAAGUUGAAACAGACGUCUAGCUUGUCCAAACGACGCGAGCAGGAGCUGUCCAAAACGAUUGAAGAACUGAAUAAAAGCUUCACAACACAAGAAUCGGCUUUAAAAGAGAGUAUUCGUCUCAUGGAAGAAGAACGAGAGAAUGCUAUUAACUGGAAGCGAGCGCUGUAUGACCAGGCCAGUUCGUCAACUUCCACCCGGAUGUCGGAUGAAGAUUUGGAUUUGUCGAUCAUGGUAGAUUAUCAGAAGAAAGAGAACGACAAUCUCACCAAGCAGUUGCAGCUUGCCAAGGAACAGUAUUUUAGCACUGCUGCUCAAUUGAGAACAGCGCAGGUGAAGGUCACCCAUCUGCAGGAAGAUUUAAACGCUAGUUUGCAAGGAAGAGAAUCCAGUGGUGAUUCUUCUAACUGGCGCACGAAUUACGUGGAGCAACAUAGUAUUCUCGCAUCGACGAUGGAGUUAAAUUCCAAACUUCGCCAUGAUCUCACCUCUACUCAGAGCGAAAUAAGCGGAUUGAAGGCUGCGUUGACGGCAGCUGAGCAGAAAGUCGAGCCUCUCAAUCAACGCAUUCAGGAACUGCAGCAAGAAAAUCUGCAUGUGCAGCAACAGUAUAAAGUUCUGAAAGAUCAAAUGGACAAGUGGAACGUGACCCAAAACACGGCAGAAAACGAUUCUCUGAAGCGUCAACUGGCAGAGGUGGAUACUAAGAUCAAAAAUGAAAAGGAGAGGUUGCGGGAAAUGUUUUCGAAACAAGUCAAGGAUAAAGCAGCCGAACUUAACAAACAAAUCACUGCCAAAAAUUCGGAAAUUGUGACCCUUCAAAGUACACUUCAGGGGAAAGAUGCGGAAAUAGCCGAGUUGAACGCACGUUCUUCAAAUGCAUUGCGAGAUAUGGAAAAUUCUAUGCGUAGUUUGUCUGAGAAAUCUGCUGAAAUAGCGCGACUGCGUGAGGAUAUGGGUCGUCUACAGGACGAUCUAGCUCAGAAGAGCGAACAAAUUCUCCGUCAGCAAGCCGUGAUCCAGCAACAGCGCCCCGAACUGGACGAACCGAAUACUGAAUCCGCGCCUCCCGCUGCAGCGGAAACUAGUCGUCCCAGCUCAGCUGCUGGUAUUCCGGCUGCACUGCCGCGCCCCGUACAACAGCCUUCCCCCACGCAUGUCAGCAAAUCGACCGCGGUCGUUACUCCGCAAACUCAUGGUCAGCCGCCGUUGGUGCAGACUCAGCAGCGGGGACGCGAUCCUUUACCGCGUGGUUCCAAUCCACCCAUCGUGGCCGUGGCGCCGCAGGCUCAUGAGCAGGGCGCGACAACGCAAACUGCGGCAGUGGCGCCUCAUAUCGUUGUGGCGCCUCACAGCAGUGGCGCCUCACAGCAGCCCGCUCUUGGUGUGCCACUUCAUGCUGAUCAUUCUGCACCAGACCCGGAAGCCAGCAGCAGUGGAAUCGUUCCAAGUACAUCGCAUGCCACUGCCCCAAUGUCCACGAUGGGAACUGUGCAGGGCAUGCAGUCGCGACGCCGACAGAAUCCCGAUGAGGAAUCGUCGUCCGACACGGUGUCACCCGAGAGGAAACGUCCGCGUCCCAUUCCGGGACGGCAGCUGCAGAUUUCGCUGCGGCCACCUUCGCCCACAUCGUCUGAUGUGACCAGCAGCACCGCACCGGGCACGCAAAGCGCCGUGGCCCUGCCGACAUCCGGGACGGGCGAAACGGCUCCGCACCGGCCCCGCUCGCGGUCCAGUGCGGGCGUGCAGCAGCCGGUGGAGCAGAACGCCGGCGCGUCCAGCAGUCAGACCAUACAGGAGGAAGUGGGUUUUGGAGAUGAUGGAACCGGGUCUGGUGAGGAGCGGGCGGUGGAUUCCAGUGAGAAUGUGGCUGUCGGACAAGAACAGGAAGCCAUGAGUGGAGGAGAUAAUGCCGCUGAUGUGGAGGCCGAUGUUAUGAGCUCCGAGGAACAAGAUGAAGAUCCCAUGGAUGCUGAUGAAAGCGGACAGGCGAUGACGGAACCGCCAUUUGCUAACGCCGGAGAAUGGCCGGGUGCAACUGUUACUGCUUCGGACGAUACUGCUCAAACGUCUCCGCAGCCGAUGGUUUCAUCUGAAGCAGAUUAUGCCGAAGAUCAGCGCCAGGACGAAAACAUGGAAGGCACUGGUGGUGAGUCGCUGUCGGAUAUCACGAGCAGUGAAACGCGACCAUUAACGGAAGAAGUCCCUGCGCCCCCACUGGCCGCAUCGCAUUCAGUUGCUCUUGUUUCUGCUGAUACCGAGAAUCGUACUCGCCCUCCGGAUGUGGAUGCUUCGGUUGGACUUGAAGACAAACAAGAGGAUGACGAAAAAGACGUGGAUACGGCAGAUAUGUUCUCUACUAAUCCAGUGGAUUUGUCCGAAUCGGCUUUCGAGGAGAUUCUGCAGGGCGCUGGAUCCUCUGCACAAACUGCUGCACCAUCCGGAUCGGCAUCAACCGUCUCUGACAUUCCAGCUCAAAGUGCAGAAACGCCGGCUACCAGCGUCUCGGAUUUGUCUACUGGGAGUGGGCCUCCCGCCAAUCGGUUAAACAUUCGUAUGCGACCGCCGCCUGGCGAUAUUGCACCGCUUCGCCUCACGCCACGUUUCCCGUCGGCACUAAACAGUCCCCCGCGUCAAAGACUUCCGCGGAAACCGAUAUCACCGCCAACGCCAAACCCAUCAAAUACAGCGGCGCCAAGAGCGAACCCUGCCAGACCAGCUCUGGGUGGAGGUAGUUACCUACCUCCGCCAUUGCGUGAAGGUCAACAGCGCCCACGUGGUCAGCAGGGUAACCGUCAACCGAGGCCGCGACAGCCCGGGCCUAAACGACAGGAUCCUUUCUCCUAAAGUAAUUUGAUCGAGUGGGCGGUUAAUUAAUUUGUGUUUGUUAUGUGGUGUUUGUUUCUUGCCUGUUGGCUGAUUCGGCAAUGAGUUUGGAAAUUUUUUAUAACGAUUUGGAUGUUUUGGCUGGGAAUUCUGUAUUACAAUUUUGUAGAUGCUUUGGCUGGAGUAACUUGAACGAUGCUGUUUCUUAAAUAUUGAGCUGAAUUUUCCACUGGAACACUUUACUACAUUUUUGUCGUAUCUGAUCCGCCGGGCGCCGUGUCCAUUUAACCUCUGAUUAGCCCGAACGAUAUGGAGAGGCUACAAUUCCAUAGAAGUUUCCACAGAAGAUUGUUUGUAAA